AUGUCAGAGGAAAAUACAAAGGAGACCGUACCAGAAACACAGGAUCUUAUGCACUUAGAUGAAAGAAGUUUGAUAUGCGGUAUCUUAGGAGAUAUGAACAUUGUUAUGCAGGUAAUGAAAGAAGUGCUGAAAGAGAUUCGUGAUCUAGGAAGGGAGGCAGACCAGGAGAAAAAGAAAGAAGAGUCCCGCCAGCACCCACAAGAGGUAACUACGCCAGACUGUUUGAUAUGCCGUAUCCUAAAUAAACAGAAAGAAGUGCUGACAGAAAUUAGUAAUUUAGCAAGGGAGACAGACCACGUGGUUCCUGAUAAUUGGAGUGACGGUCUGUUUCCAGGUGCUGUCCAUUCCUGGUGGGAACUGGUGUACAAGGCGGUGACAGGAGGACCGUUUGGGGCAUACGAAUUAUUUACUUCUGACAACACUCGUAACAUAAACAAUCUUGCAGCCCAACAACUGACCAAUCAGGUCCUAGACCACUAUAAAUCCGAGGUGUUUAAUAACUGGCAAAGUAAUGAUAUAUAUAAGAUAAGAGUGUCCUACUACGCUGGGGGCACCGAGGCACAGUACUUUGUUUUUAACGCAACAGGGUCAACAAAGACGAACUGGUUUAGUCGCUAUAGAGUAUUAGAGUCUAGCUACGACAUCUCGGCUUUUGCUGUAACAACUGGAAAAGGAGGAGAAUAUUUUAGUAUAAAAGGGUAAUAAACCAUGCAUAACCUUAAUGUUUUUUGUUCUC